GAAGAGGUAGAAAGAGAAAUAAGUCGUUACUGUUAGGCUGAAAGAAUCGUAUUUAAAUGAUGCAACAUAAUAAUAAUGUAGGAUUUUACAACUAGCUGUCUUUACAUUUUUGCACUAAGAACUUACGGCGAUAGAACCUUAGGUUGAAGAAUGCUGGAAAAUAACUUUUAACGCAGUAAACAAUAUUUUACAAUCUAACGUUAGCUAGAGAGGUACUGAUAGCUUUGUUCGGGAAUCGGGAGUCAAAAUGUCAUACGCAGCUGCAGUUUGGUUCGCUGCUCAGGAAGAGGUCGAAAAGGAGGAGAGGGUGAAUAUUCCAAGACUUUCUUUCGAUGAUUUCGAUGACGACUUUAUCUUCAAGCAUUUCCAUUUUACUAGACCUGCCAUUAAUUUCAUUAUUGAUUACACUAGAGCCCAUCUCAAUCACCCGCCCAGUGUGCACUCUGUCGAUGCCAUGGUGCUGGCUGCGUUGUGCCUCUACGCAAACGGUUCUUUGACAAAGGAAAUAGCAGAUAUGAUUGGACUGAGCGAGGUAGCUAUCAGUCGAGCAGUUCAUAUUGUAUCCGCACUUUUGUCUGACAAAGCUGAGGAUUUUAUCACAUUUCCAAAUGGUUACAAUGAUCGGGUCCUCUUGGCACAAGAGAUUCAGAGGUUUUGCGGGAUGCCAAAUGUUGUGGGUGUGUUGGGAUGUAUGCACGUGCGCAUCAAGCCACCUCCAGGUGAGGAGAUCCGUUAUUUAAACUUCAUGGGUCACUACUCCACAAUGUUCCAGAUGAUCUGCGACUCCCAAGGCAAUUUAUUAAGUGUCGAGAAUCAGUGGCCGGGAAGCACCUCGGAGCAAAAUGUUUGGGAGAGCUCAAAAAUAUGCCAGCAGUUUAAAAGUGGUAGGCAUGGCCACAGUUGGCUCAUUGGUGCCAGCAGUUACUCUCUGGACAAGCAUGUCCUGACUCCCCUGUCCUAUGUCAGGGAGAGGACCAGCAUACGAUACAAUGAGGCCCACUUCAAGAUUGGAAGUGCAAUUCAGAAGACAUUUUGUGCCUUGAAGACAAGAUUCCGAUGCUUGGACAAUUUGGGAAACAUUCAGAAGUAUACUUACAACAAACCAGCUGAGAUUGUGAAUGCGUGUUGUGUUCUACACAAUAUUGCCAUGAAAUUUUCAAUUGCGUUGCCGGGGAAGCUUGUGCCAGAACCAGUGUAUCAUGGCAUCAAUCGGCAAGAACUUACUCAAGGAGGUUCUGACAUGCUUCUUUUCAGAGAAGAAAUGAUUAAAGCUUUUUUCUCCCAGGACUCAGACAAUGUACUGGGGUUUCCAUCUAGUUUUGAAAUGGCUUAAAUGGUGAGGGUUUUUACAGGGUGAGGGUGUAGGAGUGGCACUGAAAUGGUUUGGUUUGAGAAUGGAAUUCUGUGCAUUUUAGUAUUCUUUAACUCAUCGCCUUUUUACAGUUACAUUCAAAAUAACUCUGCAUGGUUCCUUGACUGUGUAAAAUAAUAUAAAAAAUAAUUUAUGGGAAUUAUCUUAAUACUAUAUCAACAGCUAUUUCAUUAAGCAACUG